AAGACGACCAGAGACGACUACCAGACCAGUACUACCACCCCCGAGCAGAUGACCGUGACCUGACCUCGGCCUCUGAAGAGGAGGUGAAGCGACAGCGGGUGCAGUACCCGGUCGAGCAGCUGGCCUACUCCAGUCUGCCCUGGUCGAAGCAGUGGCUUAAGGACGAGGCGGCCAAGGGGAACCUCCUGCCGGAGCUGAGCGGCGUCAACAGUUCGGCCGCCUACAACUUCGGCGUCAACGUCGAGCAGGGCGCCUUCAGCUCGGCGGUGACGUCGCCAUCGGACGCGCUCUACGAUAGCAUCGGCAUGGGCCAGCCGCAGGCGUCCGUCUACUCGCAGAGCCUCACCGCCUCGCUAGGUACGCCGGCCGGCCUCACGCCGCUGGCUCCCAUCUCCAUGGUGGACAGCAAAUCCUCGCCCGGCGCAACGGCGCCACUCAUCGACACCUCUGGACAGUACCAGCAAGGUGGCAGCACGUACAGUUACUCCCCGCUGGCUCCGCUGGACGUGAGCGGCGCGCUCCUCUCCUCCUCGGUGACCUCCCUGACCCCACCAGUGUCGGCCGAGCCGCAGCCGCCGGCCACGCCGCAGCGCUCUCCAGGCCCGCCGCCCCCGGGCAGCCUGACCGUCCUGCAGCCCAUCGUCUCCUCCUCCGCCGCCGCUGGUUACCUGGGCGGCUACCAACCGGUGCAGCUGAGCUUCGGCGACUCGCCGUACUCGCUGUCGCCGUCGGACGGCCGGCCGGCGGCUCCCAGUCCCAGUCCCUCACAGACCUACGGCGAGCUCUGCGCGCCGGCGCAGAUCAGUCCGCCCGACUGCGCCGCGCAAGCGCUGCUGCACGACUGCGCGGCGCAAGCACAGGCCGACUGUCGGUUGCGCAGCCCUUACGAGCCAUCCAAGUCCCUGGUCCAGCUUUCGCCCGCCCUCUCCCCCGACGUGCGGCUGUAUGACGACAGACUUGCGACGCACGGCAAGGAGCCGUCACAGCCAGGCUCUGUCCAGAUGGCAGACUACGGCUCCUACUCGUACCCCCAGUACGCCGGCUACGGGUACAACUACAGCUCAACGGGCGGUCUGCUGACUCCCCCGUACUCUGCACUCGGAAGCUGCCGAAACCAGUCAUCUGCGGGGCCGGGCUCUGGCGGCGGCCGCACGAACCAGCAGUCUGGCAUGUCGUUCAGCGGCGGCGCUGCCAAGCCGGAGCGCAAACACUAGCGGCCACAGUGGACGGCCAGCACCGGCUCGCUCGUCAGCUUCCGCCGCCCGCCGCCGGAUAUGCCCCGAUCUCAGCACGUUCAUAGACCGGAUCGGAGAGAUUCGGAGAGCAUAUUGCUAUUAUCGACAGACGCGCUGUACACCAAAGAUAUUUAACGGAGCUGAGCUGACGACAAAUGAUGCUGUACAUAACCUGUUGCGUAGAACAUGUACAUAGUUCAUGCAUGCAUGCGUAGUGUUGAGCUUGAGGCAUGAUUGUGAGGAACUUUGGUCUCGGAACAGAAAACCAGCGGCGGAAGCGAGGGUCCUACAGGGCGACAAGGCCUUUUUGGUGAUUCCUCGUUCGGUGGAGUUGGCGUCACAGAACGGUCCUCUGGGUGCAGUCUCGUGGUAGUUUGGGGACUCAGUCCCGCCCCAGAGCACUGGCGUUGUUUUAGUUUCACGUGAGCUUUUCCAUCGGCCGGCUGCUGCGGGUGGAGCAGGCAGCGGUGGCGUUAAUCAGCACUGGUUUACUGGCACUGGUUUGGACACGAUUUCUGACCGCAGCGUGAGAAACAGCAAUGACAUGUCUAUUCAAAUCCGCAUUGCUUUAUAAUGUUCAGAUGGUGAUGCACUAUUUUAUAUGCAGCAUCCACUAUUGUCUCAUUUGUAGAAUCCCAUUUUUCGACAAUCUCAAGCGUUUUCAAAACCAUUUUUCCAACCAUUGUCAGAUUGUAUGUCCUAAUUUUGACGUUCGGCGAGGUGUUCUGUGUUUAGGUAUUUGCAUCGUGAGUUUCAUGUUUUUUUGCCCAAUUGAACGUUACCCACGUUAUCCGCGUUUGCUUUUCUCGUUGUUUUUGUGAGUCACCUUUUGUGCGUUUUUAUUUAUUCCGCAUUUUUAUGUUCGUUGUGCAAUGAGCCGUUUGUAUAUACCCUGAAGCGUGAUUAGAUUUUUGUCCGCUGUUCUCAAGGCGCACGCGCCACUCAACGACGCAGAUUUCAGUUGCGGUAGUCGUGUGGCGAGGUGCGAAGACGAUGCUUGUAUCAGUGUUACAUAGUGUGUCUUCCAGAAUUGGUGUGUAUUUAUCAUAUAGAUGCGGUGAUGAAUAAACUGGCAAUACGAAA